GUCCUACGAAACAUACCUAUAUUUCUCCCCUAAAACCAAAUAUAUUAUUUUGUCUAAAUUUUCACGAAAAAAUAUAUAGAAAUGGGACUGUUUGCCUCAGGAGGAAGUUUCGAGGGUGGAAUUGAAGUUAUUAAUACGAUCGUGUUGAAGUUGUAUCAGCUCGUUGAUUUAGUGUUUAAUCGUACCGAGACCCAUUACGAUACUGGUUUGGUGGCCGGACUGGUCGGCAUUGCCGUUGCCAUUGGCGGAUGCGUAAUAUAUACGAUUAUGAAACGUCAGAAGUAUUAUAGCAUCCUUUUCGGUGCACCCAACGAGGAAGCUGAUCAAGUUGAGGAAGAGGAAGCCGAGGACAGUGAGGAGGCCGAUGUGGAGGGUGAGGCCGAUGUGGAGGGUGAGGCCGAUGUGGAGGGUGAGGCCGAUGUGGAGGGUGAGGCCGAUGUGGAGGGUGAGGCCGAUGAGGAGGGUGAGGCCGAUACCCUGGUGGAUGAGGACUAUUUGGAAGACUCGAUGUCGAAUGACGCCACUGACAACUCUGAGGAGCUGGAACCGAUUGUCCAGCAAGACACACAGACUGAAGAGGUGCCACCGCUCAAUUUGGAUGAACCCACUGAGGUUGCAGCCGCUGUCCCGGAGCCGAGGACCAAGAGUCCUCCCAAGAGUCCUCCCAAGAAGAAGUUUGCCAUCAAGCCCGUUGCCACCAUGUAUAGUAAGGAAGAGAGCUACAAGGUGAUCCAGGCCAGGGAGGCUGGACCCAUGGAGCUGGAAUCGAUUGUCCAGCAAGGCACACAGACUGAAGAGGUGCUCAAUUUGGAUGAACCCACUGAGGUUGCAGCCGCUGUCCCGGAGCCGAGGACCAAGAGUCCUCCCAAGAGUCCUCCCAAGAAGAAGUCGGGCAUCAAGCCCGUUGCCACCAUGUAUAGUAAGGAAGAGAGCUACAAGGUGAUCCAGGCCAGGGAGGCUGGACCCAUGGAGCUGGAAUCGAUUGUCCAGCAAGGCACACAGACUGAAGAGGUGCUCAAUUUGGAUGAACCCACUGAGGUUGCAGCCGCUGUCCCGGAGCCGAGGACCAAGAGUCCUCCCAAGAGUCCUCCCAAGAAGAAGUCGGGCAUCAAGCCCGUUGCCACCAUGUAUAGUAAGGAAGAGAGCUACAAGGUGAUCCAGACCAGGGAGGCUGCAUCCGUGGAGCCGCUCAACAAGCUGCUGACACCCCGCACCGUGGCUACCCGGCACCGCACCUCGGUUGCCGUUCAGUUCCCGGCUCAGGCUCCGGUUCCGCCCCCAAAGCCCGAGGACCGUACCGGUUCUUCCAGGCGUGGACGAAACUAAGCCGUGCAUCCCUCUUGAUGGCGUUACGUUUUCUUUUUUGGUUUUAGUUACUUAUAUAUUUUUUAAAUUUCUACAAUUGUACCACACGUCGUUCACAAGAAUCAUGGAGGGUAUUUAUCCUAGUCCUAGCCAAUAUAUUCCGUCAACUCUAAAAACUCUCCACACGCUUUUCGAGAUGGCUCGCCAGUUUUAGGGUCUUCUCGACACAAACACCUACAAAUGUUAGACGAGCUAUCAAACCAAAAUUGUUACCGUCGAGUAUUCGAAAGUAGAGGGGCCUUCCAAAUUGCCAAACCAUUAAAUGUUUCGAUCAAAAAUGCA